UGCGCAUUACACUGCUAGCGAGAUCCAGAAACGCAGUGCUCUCUCAACCACUCGUGCAAAAUGAGGGUCUGCAAACUGCACGGAAAGAUCCGCUUCUAUUUUAUUUUAACAGUCCUCCUGCUGUUUGUCGUGGGUGCUGCAUUAACUGCUCUGCUACCCAGAGUAGACCAUGAUGAGGUUGGUGCUCUCAGAAGGGGCAGCCAGCCACGCCAGCAACAGCAUUUUCUUGCAGAUUCAUUUACAAUCAUCAUGCAGACAUACAACCGAACUGACCUGCUCCUUAAACUGCUAAACCAUUACCAGGCUGUCCCCCAUCUGCACAAGGUCAUUAUUGUGUGGAACAACAUUGGGGAAAAGAUUCCCAGGGAAUUAUGGGACUCCUUAGGACCACACCCCGUCCCAAUAGUGUUUAAAGAACAGACUGUCAACCGAAUGCGAAACAGGCUGCAGUUUUUCCCGGAGCUGGAAACCGAAGCUGUGCUGAUGCUGGAUGACGACACUUUGGUUAGCGCACCCGACCUUGUUUUUUCAUUCUCCAUCUGGAAGCAAUUUCCUGAUCAAAUCGUUGGGUUUGUGCCCCGGAAGCACAUUUCUACACCCUCAGGAAUAUACAGCUACGGAAGCUUUGAGCUUCAAAAUCCCGAUGGUGGCAACGGGGACAAGUAUUCCAUGGUUUUAAUAGGAGCAGCGUUCUUUCACAGAACAUAUCUGGAGAAGUUUCAGAAGCUGCCCAGCGAAGUGCACAGCCUGAUAGAUGAGACCCAGAACUGUGACGACAUUGCCAUGAACUUCGUGGUCGCAAAGCACACCAGGAGGCCGUCUGGAGUUCUUGUGAAGCCGGUGGACAUGAGGAAUCGCGAGAGGGACGCAAGCAGUGGCUAUACAGGGAUGUGGCAUCGAGCAGAACAUCUUCUUCAGAGGUCCUACUGUCUCAACAAGCUGGCUGAUAUCUACGGCAGCAUGCCAUUGCAAUACUCCAAUAUCAUGAUCUCUCAGUUUGGAUUCCCAAGCUAUGCAAACCACAUGAGUAAGAACUAACUCAGGAGGGUGCUGUGGUUUGUAUUCAUGCACACUACCAAUCGCAGAUGCAGCCCUAGAUUGUGGAAGCUUGCUUUUUGUGAGGAGCUUCUUAGCUCCUACUCUCCCAAUGGAAUUGUGCCUUGUUUCUGUAUACCUCAGUGUAACCCAGAAUUCCAUAGGGAUAUAUGGCUCACAAACAUGUUGCAGUUUGCUUUUGUGCAUGUUAGUGAGAUUUGUUUUCUUCUUCUAGUAUUCUAUAAUAAAUUAAUAAAUGGCAUUGGCUUUAAUUAUGAAAAGUAUAAUAGUUGAAUAAUUACUUGAGUUUAAAAAGUUGCAUACACUUUAAAAUGUAGGUAUAUUAACUGCAUAUAGUUACACUGUAGUUACCGUAUGCUAAUAUUUACUACCUGUGCUCAGUACACAAUUCUGUGAUUAAGAUGGAAUUCCAUACUGUGCAUUAACAACAUGUAUUUAACAGUUAUUUUUCUGAACAUAUAGCUGUUGUAUUUACAUUUAUUAAGUAAUGGAUCAAAAGUGUGAAAGGACAGUAUAGCUACAGUAGUUCAUGUACCUAUGUAUUGAAAUGUAUUAAAACAAGGUGGAGUGAAAAUGCAAUAAGAAGUGUGCUUGCAUGUCUUUUUCCAUUUGGAAGGCAUAAUAUAGAUAAACAGCUUUACCAAAGGAAAGUAGACCUUUGUGAAUGUAAGAAAAACAGGAAAAUGUUAAUCUGGGUAACAGCAAAAAAAAAAAAAAAAAAAAACAUGCUUUACAAAGUGCUGUUUCAUUCCACGUGAUCUUCCUGUCUUACAUCUGGGAAUUUCAUAACCUAUUACUAGACAAAGAGAAGGAGAUGUGAUACCUUUUAUUGGACUAAAUAAACAAUAAUUAAUCACAAGAUUUCAAGACCUCAAGGUCUGUUCUUCAGGUGAAAGUAGAAAGAGAUUUUCACCUGAAGAAGAGACCUUAAGGUCUUGAAAGUCUGUGAUUAAUUAUUAUUUAGUCCAAUAUAAGGUAUCACAUCUCCUUCUCUGUCUCUUAUGUCUGGACUAAUACGACUACCAUUUCAUCUGUCAUAACCUUUUACUGUAACCCUACUAAAUACACCUGACAAGGGAAACCAUGAUGUCAGGGUAAGCAUUUCUAGAGCAAUGGGUUUCCUGUAUGUCAAGGUAGGGGAAUAUAACACAUAUGAUAAAUAAAUAUAUUGUACUCUUUGUAAAUGAUGUUGGUAGGAAACUAUGAACAUUGUAUAUUAUGUUUGUCAUCAGAAAAUAUUGCAGGUUCUUGCUCUUAAAGGAGAAAAGGCAGUGACAUAUUUUUAUUUAUUUUUUAAACCACAACAAUUCGAAUUUUGAAAUGCAUACACUGUUAUUGAUAUUCGCCACUAGGUGUCACUCUGAUACAACAAAAAGUAUUGGUAAAAAAAAAAAUGCAUGGGCCCUAAUUUAAAGCAACGUGGAAUGGCUGUAUUUUAAUAGUGUAAAACUGUUUUUCUACUGUUAAAAUUUGUGCAUUUGCAUUUGCUUUUCAUGAUACAUAAAUUACCAUAUCACUAAUUAUAUUUGAUUCUGAACCAUUAAUAAACUAUUAUUUGGGAUAUUCUAAUUGUAUACAUCUGUUUGUUUGUUUGUUUUUUCCAGGAGAGGUUAUAAGGGAUUUCCAUAUAUGUUAACUUGAAUUUAUGAACAAGCUAUGUUUAAAUUUAAGGGAAUUCCAAAGGUUUUUUUUCUGUUUGUUUAAAAUGUUUUUCAUCCAAAACCAUGUCUUUCUUAGCUGUUUAAGAUUGCAUUAAUAUGUUCUGUAUGGUUCUCUAUAGUAGCUUAUAUCCUAUGUAUUAUUUGUCAUGCUUAUUAACUAUUGUUGCAAAAUCUACCUCUGGGAAGAUUACAACACUAAUUGCCCAGCCACUCUAUAAUGAGACAUUUUUCUUAAUAAUACAUAGAACAUGUAUACAGUUUAUACAUGUGUAAUGUUAUUAGUGCAAGAUAAAUUACACUAAUUGACUGUAAUGCAACUCCAUAGUAUAAAUAAAUAAAACAGAACAGUUUCUUAGACAGUGAAGUGUAAGGAGUUGAAGCCUAGGAGUCUUAUUGAGUACUGUGUGGUAUCUUAAAGGAAAUAGGACAAAGCAUGUAAAAAGCUUCGUAAGAUAAAAUGCUGUUUGUUUUUUUGUUUGUUUUUUAAGGCAGUGUUUGGUUAGUCUUGAGGGGUGCUGCAAGAAAUGGUUAAUUCUUGUUAAAAUAUUUGGGAAUUAUUAAAUCCUGAGAUCUGGAGGGGUAGGGUGACUCUUGUAUAAAGGAGGUGUGGCUCACAUGAUAAUUGAUAUGAAAAUGUAUUGCUUGACUUUAUAUAAAAGGUGCAUCUCCCUGUUUCAGUCAGUCUGUGCAGAUCAACAGAUCUGAUAAACCCGGAGUUCUGUUGGUCAUAAAAUGUUUACCAGGUGUUCAUGUUUUUCUUUGUUUGCUUUUUAUGCCAUGUAAUGUUUGAGUUUUUC